AUGCCACACAGCACAAGCCACUGAGACAGCUUGGAGCAGCCCAGAGCUAGAGAAGUAUUUCCAGUUGGGCAGCUACCUCCCAUUUCCUUCAGGACAAUGAAGCUCUCUGGAUUUCCUCUCUCUCUUCUGUGUGUAACCCUUUUUCUGUGGCUAACACAUGCCUGGUCUCUCAGGAGGUGUCUGAUCUCUGUGGAUGUACAUCAUAUAGAAAAGAGCUUCCAGGGAAUAAAGAACGAAAUUCAAGUGAAGGAUGUCUUUCAGAAUGUCACCAUCCUGUCUGCAUCUGAGACCCUGUACAACAUCACGCCCUCAGAUGUGUGCUGCAUGACCAAAGAACUCCUGGGCUUCUAUGUGGACAAGGUCUUCAGGAAUCAUGAGGAAUCAGACCCCAGAAUCCAAAGGGGUCUCAGUACCAUCGCCAAUUCUUUCCUCCGUCUUCGGAAUGCCCUGGAGCAAUGUCAGAAUGAGAGGAAUUGUCAUUGUCGAAAAGAAGUCACCGAGAAGUUUCAACUCAUUGCCAGAAAUUAUAAGCAGAUGGAGAUAAAAGCUGCAGCAAUUAAGUCCCUGGGGGAACUAGACAUUUUAUUAUCCUGGAUCAGCCGGAACUACCGACCUAAGGCUGCUGCUAACUGA